GAGGAAGAAGAAGCUGCUCAGUUUCCCGGACAGACGCAGUGUUAGGGAAACGUGGCCUUAUGAGAGCCGGAAAGCAGCAGGUUCUGGAUGAGAAUCGUGUUAUUGUGUUAGUUACUCCACUCUCCGUCCUUCUCUCCCUCUCUUCUUCAGCUCCGGGAUUGUUUUCCUCUUGGUUCUGAUCCUCUAUCGCGAUGGCUGAUGUGGAGCAGGGUUCCGCUUUGCCGCUGGACGGCCUGAACAGCACCGAGAACGGAACCGACACUGGGAACGGAACCGCGGGCCGCUUCGUAGCUACAGCCGAGGGAACAGCGCUGGCGUACGGCAGUCUGGUGCUCAUGGCCCUGCUGCCCAUCUUCUUCGGAGCUCUGAGAUCCGUCAGCAGCUCCAAGAGCAAGAACGCUUCAGACAUGCCUGAGACCAUCACUAGCAGAGAUGCCGCUCGUUUCCCCAUCAUCGCCAGCUGCACACUGUUUGGACUCUAUCUCUUCUUCAAGUAUGCAGAUGACCUGCAACUCUAUCUCUCACUUGCACCAGAUGACUACAAGUCGAUUAGCACGCUUGUAAACUGCGUAGAGAGCAUAAACUUGUGGAUGGCACAGAUCUUUCUGCAGCUAAAUAAAGACAAGACAGAGAUUUUCUCCCAGGAGUACAUCAACUUACUGUUAUCCAUGUACUUCUUCGUACUGGGGAUUUUAGCUCUGUCACACACACUGAGUCCCUUCAUGAGCAGGUUUCUUCCUGCUAAUCUGCCGAGUAAACAGUUCCAGCUGCUCUUCACUCAGGGUUCAGGAGAGAACAGAGAAGAAAUCGUGAACUACGAAUUUGACACGAAGGAUCUGAUUAGUUUGGGAAUCAGCAGCGUGGUGGGAGUGUGGUACAUCCUGAAAAAGCACUGGGUGGCCAAUAAUCUAUUCGGAUUGGCGUUUGCGCUGAACGGAGUGGAGCUACUUCACCUGAAUAACGUCAGUACCGGCUGCAUCCUGCUGGGGGGGCUGUUCAUCUACGACAUCUUCUGGGUCUUCGGCACUAACGUGAUGGUGACGGUGGCCAAGUCGUUCGAAGCUCCGAUCAAACUGGUUUUCCCUCAGGACCUGCUGGAGAAAGGACUGAAUGCCAGUAACUUUGCCAUGCUGGGACUCGGAGACAUCGUUAUUCCAGGUAUCUUCAUCGCUCUGCUUCUGCGUUUUGAUGUCAGUUUGAAGAAGAACACACGCACGUAUUUCUACACCAGCUUCCUGGCCUACAUCUUUGGCCUCGGCCUCACCAUCUUCGUCAUGCACACGUUCAAGCACGCCCAGCCUGCUUUGCUGUACCUGGUCCCGGUGUGUGUGGGCUUCCCGGUGUUUGUGGCUCUGUUGAAAGGAGAGCUGACGGAGAUGUUCAGUUACGAGUCGUCAGACGAGGUGUUGCCCCACACCCCGCGUCUCACCCACUUUCCCACCGUCUCCGGUUCUCCCGCCAGCCUGGCCAACUCCAUGCAGAGCCCGUUAAGCUCCUCCCCCUGCCGCCGCCGCCGCCACCACGCCCUCUCCACCUUUUAAUCUGGCCAGGUAUGAUGAAUCUCCCCCCGAAUCAGAGGCGUCAACUAAAGAAGAAAUAAAAACAGAAUCCGAUAAAGACAAAUAAAUCUGAAGGAAAGCAUCACGUCCCAUCCUCCGUCACGUCCCCUCAUUCCCCACCGCUGUAUUUCCAGGUUUUGCCAACAGGGGCCAGCAGAUUCUCUCACACGCUUGUCCCCUCUUUUCCCAGUGUGUCAUGGUGUUCUCCGCGGAGGUGGACGUGUGGACGUUCUCUAACUGGAUAAAAGAUGACUGCCUGUAUUUUUUUUUCUUCUUUGCAUUUUCUAAAUGGUUGUAAAACGUACAACAGCUUUACUUUGUGCCUGUAUUUCUCUCUCUCUCUCUCUCUCUCUCUCUCUCUCUCUCUCUCUCUCUCUCUCUCUCUCUCUCUCUCUCUCAUUUAUCCCAUUUGUAUUUGAAAUUAUUUGACAUUAAUUUUAUUUUAUUGGCUGUUUUGCGUUAGGGCCAGGAUUUUACAGUGAGGGGCAGGAGCACAGAGUUUGUCAGAUUUUUGAGUUUUAAGGAAGCAGUGAAGUCAGAAGUAAAAUGUCCGCCCUGUCUCUCUACCCCGAAUGUUUUCGCUCAGUCGAGACGUUUCUGUGUCUGACCUGUUACUGAUCAGGUGAUGGAAGUCCGUGUCACCUGAAAUCUUCACUUUAGCGAACAUCAUCCAUCUGCACCGUCAGUUCAUGUUUAAAGUCAGAGUCUGCAUUAUUUCUUUUUUUUUUUUAUCUGGGGGUGGGGUCUGUGGGAGGGGCGGAGCUUAAUGACAUGAUGGCAGCCUCCAUAGUGUUUCAGAUGCAGUGUUGUGCCACACAGUGAAGUUUCGAUCUUGUUUACAUCAGCACAUCUGUGUGGAGAGAGUUUUUUUUUGGUGAAGAUGACUUUUACUGAUCAAACUCCAGGCCAGAAACAUCUCCUCUGAUCGAAUACGUUUGAAUUAAACAGAAUUAACAUCUAUAUUUGCAGAAGUGAUAAGUUUGUGUAUUUAUUGAUUGAUUGAUUGAUGUCUGUAACUGAACACACAUUUUUAUAUUUUAUAAAAUCACCAGCACAGGGACCAACAUCUACGUUUCUGGCCUUUAAGCAGGAAAAUAACAGCUCUUUCUGCUGGUGAUUUAUUUACACAAUACAAUAUGACCUACAGCAGAAAAAGAGCUGUCUGACCCCGAGCUGUCUGACCCCGAGCUGUCUGACCCCGAGCUGUCUGACCCCGAGCUGUCUCUGAUUGUGGCAGACUUCCUCAGUGACCGUGGACGUGCGAUCACGUGUGUGUCUGUGAAGAUCGGAUCCCCGGAGUUCAGUAACGUGCCGUCGUCUCACACGUGUCCUGUACAUUUCUUCUUUUUCUCCUGAUUGUGCAAGUUAACAGUUAAAGCUUCUUCGAGGAGCACAAAGUCACGCUCUUGUGUUUUUUUUGUUUGUUUUUUAAUCCGCAAUAAAUUGUGGUUUUUACCGCUAUAGUGAAGCA